AAUCUCAAAGAAGAAGAAGAAGAAGAAGAAGAAGAAGAAGAAGAAGAAGAAGAAGAAGAAGAAGAAAUUGAAGAGGAAUUAAUAAAAAAGGGAAUUGAAUGGCUGUAGAGUAUAGCUGUUGUGAAACAGCAUUUAUCAUUCGGGUAAUACUUAUAACUUUGCUAGUAUUGUUCGCUGGGCUCAUGUCUGGGCUCACGUUAGGGCUCAUGUCGAUGAGCCUGGUCGAACUUGAAGUUCUUGUCAAGUCUGGAACACCCAGUGAUCGUAAACAUGCGGCGAAGAUAUUGCCAGUUGUGAGAAGGCAGCAUUUAUUGCUUUGCACCCUCUUAAUCUGCAAUGCUGUUGCAAUGGAGACGCUUCCAAUUUUUCUGGAUAGUUUGGUCACAGCCUGGGGUGCUAUCGUUAUUUCAGUAACUUUGGUACUUUUGUUUGGUGAGAUUUUACCCCAGGCUGUUUGCACUCGAUAUGGUUUGGCAAUUGGUGCAGCAGUGGCUCCAUUUGUCCAGAUACUUGUCUGGAUUUGUUUUCCUGUUGCUUAUCCAAUAAGCAAGCUAUUAGAUCGCUUUUUGGGGAAAGACCAUGAUGCACUUUAUCGUCGAGCUGAACUGAAGACAUUAGUUGAUUUGCACAGUAAUGAGGCUGGAAAAGGUGGAGAACUGACACGAGAUGAAACAAUGAUCAUUGCAGGAGCGCUUGAACUAACUAAAAAAACAGCAAGGGACGCAAUGACUCCUAUAUCUAAAACUUUUGCAAUUGACAUCAAUGCCAAACUCGACAGGGAUUUGAUGAAGCUAAUUUUGGAGAAAGGGCAUAGCAGAGUGCCAGUAUAUUAUGAGCAACCGAGAAACAUCAUCGGACUUAUAUUGGUGAAGAACUUAUUAACUGUCCAUCCAACUGAUGAAGUACCUGCAAGGAAUGUCACUAUUCGCAAGAUUUUGAGGGUGUCAGAAAAUAUGCCUCUGUAUGUCUUACUAAAUGAGUUUCAAAAAGGUCAUAGCCAUAUGGCUGUUGUUGUUGGAGAGCACGGCAGUCAAAUAGAGCAGCCAUCAACUGAAAACCCAACUGAUGUAAGAGAAGUGAGGGUGGACAUUCAUGUUGAAAGGCAUCCUCAAGAGAAAAGUCUGAAGAGCAGGAGAGCACUUAAGAAGUUGAAGAGUCUAUCAAUGAAUAGAGGAUUAUCCAAGACCAAGACCAAGACCAAGACCAAGAAAUGGUCGAAGGACUUCCACCCAGAAGUCCUGAAUAUCAAUGAUGAGCUACUUCCAAAUUUCAGCGAAGAAGGGGAAGCUAUUGGUAUUAUAACACUGGAAGAUGUCAUUGAAGAGGUCCUACAGGAGGAAAUCUAUGAUGAGACAGAUCAUCGUGAUGGGAGUUAAUAAUUGAAAAGCUUCUUUUUCUACAGAGACAUACAGGCAAACAACAAGCUUCUUUUGCUACAGAGACGCAUAAUAGGCAUACAACAACAACAAGCUUCUUUUACUACAGAGACAAACAGUCGUACAAAAAGCUUCUUUUACUAAGAGGCAUAUAGGCACACAACAUUGUUCUAACUAUAGAAAGAUGAUAAAGAUUUGUACUGUGACUCCAUUAGACUCUAGAAAUGAAUGAUACAUAUAAUUGAAAUGAGGACAAAGCAAAGA